CGAAAAUCUCUCAAAACUCAUAAAUUCCUUAUAUUCGCAAUUAUAGCUCUUCCCUUAGUCUGACUGUCUCAUCCCCAUCCCUAUCUCUCCCUGCAUCAUAAUGCUCAUCCGCCCCCUCAUCAGAGCAGACCUCUCAUCCGUCGCCCCCAUCGUCCACGACACCUUCUCCGGCGACGAGCUCUUCACAUGGCUCUACCCCCAUCAAGAAAAAUACCCCAACGACCUCCGCCGCUUCCAGCUCAUCCGGCUCCGCUCGCGGCUCGUCCAGCUGGGCUCCCACGGCUUCGUCGCAGAGUCGGAACCCGGCGACGCGGAAUGGAACGGCGCGCCUGAGAUUCUAGGUUUCGCGUUCUACAUCCGCGAAGGAAGCGACGAGAAGGCUGCGAGAUGGCGGCAGGACUCGAUUGCGAAGCGGUUGGAUCGGUAUCUACUCAGCUGGGAGCAGUGGUAUGAGGAGAAGGCGUUAGACCGCGCGUCUGACCCUGCUCGCGCGAAGAUCAUGCGUGAGGCUACGCAGUAUAAGUUUACCUCGCAGCUCGAGUCGUAUUGGUAUCUAGGGUUGCUUGGCGUGUCACCUAAGCAUCAGCGAAGGGGUAUCGGGGCAAAGCUCGUCGCGUAUGGGCAGAGGAUUGCUGAGGAGGAGAAGAUGCCUGUGACGCUGGAGGCGAGCGUGAUGGGGCGGGGUCUGUAUGCGAAGUUGGGGUUUAAGGAGAUCGAGCGGUUAGCGAUUGUGGAGGGGUUGGAGGGGGUGGCGAUGCUUUGGGAGCCGGAGGGGGCGGAGGGGACGUGGUUGGUGAGAGGGGAGGAUGGGAAGGCGGAGUUGAAAAAGAAGGAAACGGGACCGUCGUAGCCGUUUUGAGAUGAUUGAUUACCUCGGGAACAAUCGCAACCGGGCAAACGGUGUCAAUCACGUGGACAGGGGCCAACUUUCUUGGAACAAACCGCCCUCGCAGAGAUUGAACGGCUAAUCAAGCAAAAUACGUGUCCUUG